GUUUCGUCUUGAUUAGAGAGGAUUAACAAUGAGGGACCGAAAAUCUGUGAAAGAGUUGGGAGUAAAUUACACCGCUCUCUAAAUCUGAGUCACAAUGUACCUGCUCCAAUAGAAAGCCGAACCAUCCCUUUUACGGACAGGACCCCGGGGACUAUGCCCAGCGCCGACACCGCUCUGGAUAGAACUUUGUCAGAAGUAAAGAAUCACAGGAACGAGAUGGCAGACCGGAACGGUGACGGGAACGUCCUCAGCAUCCCAGUCCCGAUCCGGCGGGGUGGCUCGGAGACCAGCCUGGACCUGGAGUCAUCGACCGGCUCGGCCUUGGGCUCAGGCCUGGGCCUGGACUUCAACCGGGGCCGGCUGGGCAUCGACAGUCUGCAGCAGAAGAUCCUGAAGGUGACGGAGCAGAUCAAGAUUGAGCAGACAGCACGCGACGAGAAUGUAGCAGAGUAUCUGGCGCUGGUGGACAGUGCUGACAAGCAGCAGGUGGCACGCAUAAAGCAGGUGUUCGAGAAGAAGAACCAGAAGUCUGCACAGAGCAUCGCAUACCUGCAGAGGAAGCUGGAACACUACCACAAGAGGAUGAGGGACUGCGAGAGCAACGGCGCCUCUCGUGAGGCCAAGGAGCCCCCCAAGGACGGCCUCAAGGAGGGCACCAAAGACAGCCCAAAGGACAGCGCCAAAGAUGGCUUGAAGGACAACUUGAAAGAUGGCUUGAAGGAUGGCUUGAAGGACGGCUUGAAGGACAUGAGCGGGAGCGGCCGGCACCCGUGCCUGGACAAGGUGAAGACCAUCGGGCCCGGCGUCUCACUCUCGCCGCCCUUCUUUUUCAACAAGUCCCGCGAGUUCGCUAACCUCAUCCGCAACAAGUUCGGCAGCGCUGACAACAUCGCGCACCUCAAGAGCUCCAUGGAGGCACCGUCGCCCUUCCACCAGGAGGGUGGCGCCCGCGCACUCAGCGGCAGCGCCACUAUCAUGGCCAAGCCCAAGUACCCCAGCGACGACGAGUGCUCCACCGGCACGUCAGCCUCAGCCGACAGCAACGGCAACCGGUCCGCUGGUGGCUCCGAGGACGCCCGGGGCAAGCUGGCCGCACUGCUGCAGGAGGCCCGCGAGAUCCGCCAGGCCCAGACGCAGCUUGCCGAAGACAUGGAGGGCCUGAAGGCCCAGUUCAAGCGGGACUAUGGCUUCAUCACGCAGACCCUGCAAGAGGAGAGAUACAGAUAUGAGAGACUGGAGGACCAGCUGAAUGACCUUACCGAGCUCCACCAGCAUGAGACCACCAACCUGAAGCAGGAGCUGGCCAGCAUAGAGGAGAAAGUGGCGUACCAGGCGUACGAGCGUGCCCGGGACAUCCAGGAGGUGCUGGAGUCGUGCCAGACACGCAUCUCCAAGCUGGAGCUGCAGCAGCAGCAGCAGCAGGUGGUGCAGCUGGAGAGCACGGACGCCAAGGUGCUGCUGGGCAAGUGCAUCAACAUCAUGCUGGCCAUCGUCACGGUGAUCCUGGUGUGCGUCUCCACGGUGGCGCGCUUCACCACGCCGCUCAUGCGCAGCCGCCUGCACGUGCUCGGCACUGUCAUUGCGGCGACAGCGCUGGCACUCUUCUGGAAGAACUGGGACCACCUGCAGCUGGCCCUGGAGCGCCUGCUGGUGUCCAGCUGAGGGAGGAGGGGGAGGAGCGAAGAGGGGGCGUGGUAGUCGUGUUAUCACUGGGGGCAUGACCUGCAUUGUCAGGGGGUGUGUCUGAGAUUGCUCUCUACUAUUUUGAACGGCGGACUCCUCCAGCAAAUGCUCUGGACUUUUUUGCUUUUUUUUGUUUACCCAUACAGCCGACGGAGGUGAACUGUGGUUCUGAUCCAUUCAGGAGAACAAUAAACUGUCACUGUGAGGAUCUGGCUGCAACUGGCCACUUGUGAGCUGGGAAUCUUGGACUGUUUUUGGACUCAUCUGUGUGUAUUUUUCUCAUGUCUCUGUCUGUACACACAGUGUGUAGCAUUUUCUCUCCGACAGCGUGUUAAUCUAGCUAUGAUUUGCGCAUCCUACCCUGUUACAAUGGAUCACGAUGAGAAGUGCAAUAUAUUUGUAUGACUUUUUUUAACAAUCCCAUUUUUAAGGGGAAAGAAAUGGGUCACGUUUGCGUGUGUAUUUAUGACUCAUUCUUCAUUUCUUCUAUGAGAGGCAAGGGGAUCUUAUGUGUGCAUCAGUGUCACUGUGUCAUUCCCAUAGGUCACCCCUGGUGGAUGACUUUUGAAACUACAUUCUUCCAUAAGGAAACUACAUUUCCCAUGGUGUUUCUCUCUGUUUGUUUCUGUGGCAAAUUUUCACUUUAUCACAGUCCCUUCUGUGUUACUCCUCCUUCAGGAUCAAGGAACCGGAUGAAACCCACACCGCCACUGUGAUCAGAAUUAAUCCCCCCCGGGGAAGUGAAUGCAGAAAAUAGUAUUUUUUCAGAUGGUUAU